AUGACGAAACAAGAACCGCAGCAGAGUCUAUCGAAUGCAUCCAGCAUGGAGAAAAAGAAAGCGACAGACGUUGAAGAGCAGCUCCUAAGAGAGCGGAGCGAACAUGAAGAAACAAAGCGAAAGCAAUUCGAAAUCGAAAAAAAGUUAGAGGAAAACAGAAAACAGACGCGCAGAUCCCGAGCUGAGAACGGCGAUGACCUCGUUCGCUUCCUAAGGGAAGCAAACAAGAACAAAAAGGAUGUCAUUAUCAUCCACAUUUAUUCACACACAAGUAUGAUUGUAGAGGAAGUGGAGAAGAUGAAGAGGAGAAUUGCUCGGGAAAUAAGUCAUGCCAUUUUCCUGGAUGCUGAUUUGGAUGCAGACUGGACAGGGGACUACUUCUGGAUUGACAGAACAAGGAGUGGAUAUUGGAUUGUUGUGCUGACAAAAACAAUGAAUGAUUGGACUUCCAUUGACCAACUCUUCGCCCAGUGCUUUGCUCCAACACAAUUCCCUCAUGUUGCGUAUAGCCAUAUAUUGAUGUUUGCUCACAAUAGAGAGAAUACGGACAAGAAUUUGGACCUCACUGGUCCUGAGAGAUUCAUGGACCCCCCUCCCAUAGGAAAGCCAAAACGAGACAUCCAUCUCCAUAUGCGUUUGUCAUUUGCUACCCAGCAAACAAACGAACAAUCAGCAUUGUAUGAACGUUAA